GAGGAGGAGGGGGACCGCCUGAACUCUGUUCCAGAGAGACGCUGCGAGGAGGAGGAGGAGGGGGACCGCCUGAACUCUGUUCCAGGGAGAGAUUGAGGAGAGGGAGAGAGGCGAGCGAGAUCGCCGGGGAGAGAGCGAAGGGAUGCCGUGCUCUCCCGCGCGCGCGCUCUUCACGCAGUGGCUGCUGCUGCUCCUGAGGGACGCGGGGAGAGCGACGGGAGAGCGCUACCUGGUCUACUGGAACACCAGCAACCCCAGCCUGCAGCGGGAAGACUUCUUCAUCGAGGUGCAGAUCAACGACUACCUCGACGUCUCCUGUCCCCACUACACGGAGCCUGGGCCGGGCCCCGGCGGAAUCCCCGGAGGAGGAGGAGGACGCCCGCCGCAGUGGCCGGCGGUCGUGCCCGAGACGCACCUCAUCUACAUGGUGAACUUCGACGGCUACAGCGGCUGCGAGCCACAGGGCCACGGCUUCAAGCGCUGGAACUGCAACCGCCCCCUGGCGCCCCUCGCUCCCCUCAAGUACUCGGAGAAGUUCCAGCUCUUCACGCCGUUCUCGCUCGGUUUCGAGUUCCAGCCCGGCCAGGAGUACUACUACAUCUCCACAACGGCGGUGUCUGGCAGGAAGCGCUGCUUGCGACUCCGCGUCGCCGUGUGCUGCACAAUCACUCCGAGUACGAAGCCGCUUAGUCUCCCCGGGCGGUCGCGAGUCCCCCACAAGCACACAGACACCAGUGCCCUGGAGCAGGCCGAUGAGUCCCGGGCGUCCACGGGCCAGGCGACGCCGUCUCUGGGCUCCUCGCGGUGCCGAGCGCCGCUUGUAGCCCUGCUGGCGCUGCUCACGGCCACCGCCGCUCCACACACGUAGACCGCACGCACGCACGCGCGCGCGCGCACGUAACAAAUGUAGACC